AUGGAGCCCUCGCCUGCCGCAAUGGAAACCCCGAGUGGCGUUCCCGGCGACGCCGGAAGCUCAGACGAGAAGCAUGCCGAGCAACGCUGGGAUGCUCCGGCGUUGAACGGCGAUUCUGGUAGUGAUGUGAUCAAUGAUAUUUCAUGUGUGGGUAGCUUAAAGGGCGGUCUUCAGGGUUCAGGAGCAGCGGACUCGACAGGGGGUUUUCCUCGGGAACCCGGGCUCUCUCCUGACCUCCAACAGGCUCGUACUGCCGGCCUUGAUUGUAAUGACCCGAGCGACAGGGAUUCGCGUCGUGAGGAGACGCCGGCCGGCAGUUUUGCACCGCCACCAGGGGUGGCUGUGAGUGAACUCAACAGCUCUAGCAGUAGUGAACGACGCAGGAGGCAAGAUGUUCCCCCUUCGGAAGGCCAGCGAGAGGAGGAAGAGGAGCGCGUAGUUGUCGCAAGGUUACCCCACCAUACAGAGGAGAAAGACGUCGAACGGGGUACGGGCAGCGACGGUGGAAACGAGACAGGACGGACGAGAGACGCUGCAGGUUCAAACAGAGAAGAAGGUCUAGCGACCGCCGGCAAUGGUAGAAAGGGCGGGAGCGGAAAUGACGACCACAACGACAUUGGUAGUGCGGACGGAGCGUCGUUCGUGAAGGACGACAACCUCUCGGGAUCGGAAGACGAGUUCGGCAGAGGGGUUGCCAAGCACAUCGGCAACAAUCAGCAGCAGAAACGACGAGAGCAACGGCACAGGCCGAGCCAGUCUCCUAACGAGGAGCAGAGUGGUCGUCGGAGUGGCAGCACCGGCAGCAGUGGGAGCAGCGGCAGCGGGAAGGGCGCGGACGAUACCCUCCCAACGUUCGUGCGUCCCCGCCGUCUCUCAAUGGAGUGCGACUCCGAGCUGCAGAGGACUCUAGCCAACGAACUAAUGGGGAUGAGUCGGGCGGCGGCGGACAAAUCCGUAGGGGAGGAAGAGGUCGAACGAGAGGAAGAACACCGCCAAACGCUGCUGAACAUGACGCCGGGGGUCCUCGCCAGCCUAUUCGAUGACGACGAUGACGACGGCGACGGCGAGUGGUUUCAAAGAAAUUCAGACCCACCGCGUCCUAGUACCACCGAUGGUGGUGACGCUGGUAGCACGGACGCCGGCGUGAACAAGCGCCACCGCCGCUCUCUCUCCUCCCACAGCGAGGGCCGAGCCCCUUCCUCCUCUCGGAGAAGACGCAGAUCAGACGAAGCAGACAUCGCAACCGAGUCGACACGAAACGACGGCGUUCACGACGACAACGACGACGACUCCACCAAUACCGAGGUGUCACCGACCCCGAAGAGGAAGCCCUCUGCCACGUUUCGAGCCGAGACCAGGAACCCUUACCCUAGACGCAGCAGCGACGACCGUGACAAAGGUGACCUCGAGCCGUCGUCUCGCCUGCGGAAGUCCUCCGCUUCUCGCCUUUCGAGAGGGAAGCAGCGGAACGGCGGUACCACCUUGGGGGAUGCCGCCGCCGCUCCCGAAGACCCACGAUCAGACAGAGACGGCGACGGCGGGGGCGAGAAAGCGGCAGGGUCGGGUGACGGAGAAAGAGAAGGAACAGUGGUGGUAGAGAGUGGCGCGGUAGGAGAGGCGGAGGGGACCGGCGGGGAGCAGAGGAGGGACUCGGGGGGCGGCCUGAACCGGCGACCGAAGGGCCCUGGACCGAUCGUCAUGAACGCGAGCCACUGCGAAUAUGCCGUCGUGCGAGAGUGCGCCCUAGAGCUCGGGUGGAGCCUGUGCGAGACGAAGUUUAGCCGCCACAGCGACCCUCUCACCAAAAAGCCGCGGACGGAUGAGGCAAACCCUAACAAGACGGCGGACGCUUCCUACACGUGCACCCACAAAGGCAUGUGUAACAAGCUCUGGAACGUGAUGUGGCACGACCACGGCAACUUCGAGGAGUACCUACAGGGCCUUCAGUCAUUCCAGUACUACAGCCACCUCCCGGGGCUCGCCUUCUUCGCCCGUAAGGCGGGCCUCGCGAUGCUCAUGUCGCGAAUGUACCACGAGGCCCCGAAGGAAUACAAGUUUUUCCCCGAGACGUGGGUGUUGCCGGCAGAAAUGAACGAGUUCAGGGAGGAAUUCGGCCCCAAGGGCACCAGCAAGUCGAUUUUCAUAAUCAAGCCGGAUGCCGGGUGUCAGGGAAAGGGGAUCUUCCUCACGAAACAGCUGAGCUCGGUUGCAGCGCUGCAGGGCAAGUCUGUCGCGCAGCGCUACCUCACGAACCCAUUGCUGAUUGACGGGUACAAGUUCGACCUGCGGCUGUACGUGCUGGUGACGAGCGUCAACCCGAUGCGCAUAUUCCUCUUUGAGGACGGGCUUGUCCGCAUCUGCACCGAGGCAUACGAAGCCCCGGCGGAGAGUAACAUCAACAAGACUACCAUGCACCUCACCAACUACAGUGUUAACAAGACUAGCUCUAACUUCACGAGCGAUGACAUGGGAGAGAGCGGGUUCAAGCGGUCUGUCAAGUGGUUCAAGAAGUGGCUUGAUGAACAGGGCCACGACAGCGCGGCCCUGUGGGCGCGGCUGGCCGACGCCUGCGUCAAAACGUUCCUGACGGUUGGCCCGAUGCUGCGUCGAGAGUACAACGCCGCCAACCCGCCCCCCGGAGGCUUCGCGUCGGCGGCGGCGUCGAAAGGAAAGGCUGCCACCCCUACCCCGCCGCCCCCGCGGUCGACCUGCUUCACCAUCGUCGGGGUGGAUCUGAUGGUGGACGACGAGCUUGACCCAUGGAUAAUCGAGAUCAAUCAUUUGCCUUCUUUCAGGACUGAGACGGGGAUGGACUACAGGAUCAAAAAGCAGCUGGUCUUCAACACGCUCAGCCUACUCGACGUUCGGGUCGGGGAGAGAGAGGAAUGGCAAACGGAGAUGGAGAGGGUCAAGAGGAUAAGGCUGUUCGGCUUGCCGCCGAAAGACGGCGGCCAGAGCCCUGUGAGCGGGCCGGGGGGCGGUGGGGAGGCGGGGCGAGGGGGAGGGGGCAUCAGCCCCAAAAACAGCUCCAAGAAGAAGAAUCGAAGCAGGCUAGCGGUCGGACGGGCCCGCGAAGAGUUCGAGCAGGCCGUUAAGGGGGGCUUUGAGCGCAUUUUCCCGCCCUCGGAGACGUCACCGGAUCCCAGAGCAUCCUAUACUAAGCCUGCUUCAGGCUGGAUGCAUCAAAUGGACGAAAUUCAUGGAGGAGCCGUCUUCAGGUCUGCGAGCCCGCCUCCAAGUCCUAGCCGCGGGAACCGGCCGGGCUCAGAGCAGCCCCGGUCAUCACUGGUCGGCGCAAAAAACUCGCCAGAGCAGUCCGCACAACAUUCCGCGCCGCCCCGGGCUUCGCUUGCGACUGAGUCCCCGCCGGUCUCCCGUGCAACCGUCGACCACAGCGAUGGACGAGGCGAGAGUGGGAGUGGGCGUAAAUCCUCCGGUGCGCUCCCGGGUGCGAUUCCGCCGCCGGUAGUCAUUGACGCGACCGCGACGACGGGCCCAGGGAGAGAAGCAGAGAUAAAGGCUGGCUCCACCGCUCCGGCGGCAGGCGCAGCCGAGGAGGCAUGCAGCCAGGACGGGGACGGCGAAGACUCUUCCCCGCCACCGAGAACGGAUUCUGUCCCUGGCGGUGACGGAGGCAGCCGGGGUGGUGGCGAUCUUCCUGAAGGCAGGAAACAACGCAGAGUAGAGUUUGUAGAGGGCGACACCUCCGAUCACGGUAGCGGCGGUUUUGCGUCGGGGGAUGCAACGUCUCCGUCCUCUACCUCGCGCCGGAGAAGGAACAGCGGGAGGGGGAAACGAAGCAAGAAGAGUGGCAACAAGAAUAAGAAAUCGCCGUCUCGGAGCCCGGCGAGAAGGAGGGGCAGGGGCCGCGGCGCCGGCUGCAGGGAUUGGGAGAAGGAGGCCAAGCGUCGAAAAAAGCUCUUCAAGAAGGCCGCAAGGUUGGCUGCAGAGGCGGCGGCGGCGGCUAUAGAGGGCAAGGCGAUAAUGAAUAGCGGUGUUGGUGGGGAAGGGAGAGAAAAUAACGGGGGGCACCUUGGGGGGGAGGAAACGGGGACACCCACGGCGGGAUGUGACGAGAGGUGGGGCGGUCGUCAUCAGGACGGGCGGGAGAGCAUGGUGGAUCUGGAAGGCCCGCAUCAGGACCUGCACCAGCACAUGCAGAUGCAGAUGCAGAUGCAGCAGAGUCGGCAAUGGAGUGCCACCGAGAACCUCGAGUUCCAGCAGAGCGUCUACACGCGGUCUGCGGGGUGGCCUACGACCGGCUAUCGAGGAAUGGGUAGCAUCGUACGGACCAACAACGAGCCCGGGGCGUGGAGAGGGACCGGAGGCGCGGCGGGGACAAUGGGGGGGUUUCCUGUCGGCUGCGGUCUGCGGCGUCGCGGCGAGGGCGCCGAGGCGGCCGAACAGCGCGGCGCAGUACACGGGGGCAAAGCGAAGGGCGAUCGAGGUGCCGGCGGCCCACCCGGUAAGGAUGCCGCCGCCGGCCGCUGCCGAGACAGCCGCUGCGUUGCCUCCGCUUCAGCCGCAGCGCCAGCCGGAGUCGGCGGCGGCGGUGGCGAGAGCCGGUUCCAUUAUCGCGGGUGGUAG